GCUCGCGCUCGCGGUACAGAAAGCCCGGUAAAGCCGGAGGCAGCGCGCGGCUCGGGGAGCGCGGGAUCAGACAGGUGCGCGAGGAGUCCUGUCCCGGAUUACGGAGCGCGGUGCUGUGCGUGUGAGUGUGUGUGUGAGAGACAGAGAGGGUGAGGAAGCUUGAGGAAGAUGAGGAGGAAGAGGAGGAGAGGGUGAUGGAUUUCUUGACGUGUUCUUCCUCCUCCGGACUCUCGCGCGUGCACGGCGGACACUCACAGGGCUGCAUCCAAUCAGUGCCCCCUGGUGGCCAGCAUUGACCUGGCUGGAGUCUCCUGAGCUGGGGUAGAGAUGGAGCGAUACCUGUGUGAAAGCUCCUGCACUCCCUCUUUGCUCAAUGGCACCAACGCCACGUCCACCCCAGAGGCAGCGAUUCAAGUCUCAAUGGUGACGGAGCGUCUAGCUGUGGUGGCUACACUGGGCUUGUUGGCGCUGCUGACAGCCAUCAUGAACAGUGCCGUCAUCGCAGCCAUCUUUACCACGAGGAAGCUCCAGCUGCCUGCCAACUACCUCAUCUGCUCUUUGGCCGUCACAGACUGCCUAGUGGCUGUUUUGGUGAUGCCACUGAGCAUCCUGUACAUCAUCACAGACAAGUGGUGCCUGGGCAAGGUGGUGUGCGAGGUGUGGCUGAGCGUGGACAUGACCUGCUGCACCUGCUCCAUCCUCCACCUGUGUGUGAUUGCGCUGGACCGCUACUGGGCUAUCACCAAGGCCAUCGAGUACGCCAGAAAGAGGACCCCACGUCGUGCCAUUGUGAUGGUAACCUGCGUGUGGGCCAUCUCCAUCUUCAUCUCUGUGCCACCGCUGUUCUGGCGGAACCGCUCAGCCGGCAGCAAUGGAACAACAGACUGCUUCAUAGAGCAUGACCAAGUUGGCUACACCAUCUACUCCACUUUCGGAGCCUUCUACAUCCCCAUGACGCUCAUCCUGAUACUAUACUCGCGCAUCUACAGCGCUGCAAAGACACUGUAUCAGAAGCGUGGCUCUUCUCGGCACCUCAGCAGCCGCAGCACAGACAGCCAGAACUCGCACAUCAACCACUGCCGCGUCACGCACGCCUUCUGUGUGUCUGACCUGUCCACAUCUGACCCCACCAUGGAGUUUGAUCAGCUCAACAUCGACCCGUUGGCAGACGAACGCAACCAGAUCUGUAGCUCCAGAGAGCGCAAGGCAGCGCGCAUCCUGGGCCUUAUCCUGGGGGCCUUCAUUGCCUGCUGGCUGCCGUUUUUCAUAAAGGAGCUGCUGAUGGGCCUAAAGUUGCUAAAUCCAUCCCGCAAGGUGUCGGACUUCCUCACCUGGUUGGGCUACGUCAACUCGCUGAUCAACCCAUUGCUGUACACAAGCUUUAACGAAGACUUUAAGCAGGCGUUUAAAAAACUGCUAGGACGCAAGGAGCACACAUAAGUACCUAUCACCCAUUCACAGUAACCUAGAACUUAUCUCGAGGACCUAUAUGUGGGAACACAAACAUCCAUAUCAGUUUUACUGGACAUUAUCCAGGACAAGUUCAGGUAAUGGCCAAGUGAGCCCAUGUGUAAAAAGAACUGAUUGUUUUCCAGGGAAAUCACCCUGCGUCAUGCCGUGCCUCCCGCACGUGUUACACAGGCGUCGCCCUUACCUAAUGCACCUAAAGCACCCUUGCAUAAACCAUGCGAUAGGAUUCCUGCAGUGAGAACUCUUCUGACAUGGGAAAUUUUCCCACAUAAAAUCCAACUCUUUUUCAGAGUUCACAUGUAAAAUGAUUAAAUAUCCUCCAGUGGGGAUUUAAAAGUUUAAGCUCCCCUGUUCAAAUAGCCAACGUGUAAGAACAUGAACAAACUUAAAUAUGUUGUUUUUCUGCACAUUUUAGACACAACUUCUGUUAUUUCUGUUCAAUAUUUUGAAUAAAUGAUAAUGAUGAUAAACCUUU